AUGUAUUUUGCGGCUCUAAUUGGUUCAUGUUUGUGUUUUCUAAUCAUCGUUGCUGAGAAAAAGUGUUUUCAAACAUUUGAAGAAGAUAAGGUAGGUUUUUGUUCGUGCGAUCGUCCGAUUGUGAACACGAGCUUGCACUCGUUUUCGUUCAUAGAGGCCCUCGUUUUGUGUUCAAUGAGAUGUUCACAAACCGCCAGCUGUGUGGCUUACAACUUCUUCAAUGCUACCAACCAGUGCCAACUCUUCACUCAAACAUUGAACAAGUUCUCUGUACUGCCCGGCUGCCAGUAUUAUUACAGGAAAGAUGGUUUACAAACGAACAAACUUCUGACGAUUAACGUGGACAAUGAGCUGAGGGAAUUUUAUAACAACGGAGAGAAUAUAUCCAUAGUUGGGAAUUUCCCAUAUGCCGUCGAUUACCAACAGUCAGAUAGAUACAACUUGAGUGGCCACCUGUUUGUCAUUGCUAUGAAAUCAUACAACAAUCUCUUCCCAGGAGGGUUGAUAGCCAGUACAGCAGACAACUUCGUCCUGACCAACGAAACUUGGAAAUGUACCAAGAGCUAUUACGUAGGUUGGUACAAGAUAAGUUAUAAUGAUUCGCUCUGGCCCGCUGCAUUCCUUGGAAGUUAUCACGGCAAUCCCAGCAUCAACGCUCCUUUUUCUUCAACUGCCAAAUGGAUCAUCGAGUCCACUGAUUGUCUGAACUGCUCUUUCUACUGCCGAAAGAAUUUCAAAGUUCAUGAUAAAGUGGAUGAUGGUAAGACUGUGGAAAAAAUUAUGAUAAGAAAUGUAUCCUUACGUUACAAAGAUGAAAAGGCUUAA